UUACAUGUUUUCUGUUUUCAGUAAGGGAAGCUAAGAACCUUAUACCAAUGGAUCCAAAUGGACUUGCUGAUCCCUAUGUGAAGGUGAAGUUAAUACCAAAUGAUGAAAAUAAAAUAAAAAAGAAAACUAAAACAGUGAAAGCCACACUGAAUCCAUUAUGGGAGCAAAGGUUUGAGUUUAACCUUGGUCAAGAAGAUUUUGCAAAAAGACUUUCAAUAGAGAUUUGGGACUGGGACCGAACCUCAAGAAACGAUUUUAUGGGCUCACUUUCCUUCGGUAUAUCAGAAAUAAUGAAGGACCCAGCCGAAGGAUGGUUCAAGUUACUCAGCCAAGAAGAAGGAGAGUUUUACGGCUUGCCUGUUGUUGAUGAUGUUUCCGCUAAUAUACAAGAAAUUCGCUCAAAAAUGAAGGAAACGAAGAUAGAUAAGAGACCGCCUCCUGUAGAUCUACCUACAAACAUGAGUAAACAAGACAUAGUUCGAGCAUCAGACUUUAAUUUCCUCACUGUUCUAGGCAAAGGCAGCUUCGGAAAGGUAGUUUUAGCAGAGCGUAAAGGCACAGAUGAACUUUACGCUAUUAAAAUCCUCAAGAAAGAUGUGAUAAUUCAAGAUGAUGAUGUGGAAUGUACGAUGAUAGAAAAACGUGUCCUUGCCUUGCCAAGUAAACCACCAUUCCUUGUUCAGCUUCAUUCCUGUUUUCAAACCAUGGAUAGAUUAUAUUUUGUAAUGGAGUAUGUAAAUGGUGGAGAUUUAAUGUUUAGAAUACAACAAGAAGGAAAAUUCAAGGAACCUAUAGCUGUGUUUUAUGCUGCAGAGAUUGCCAUUGGUCUUUUCUAUUUACACUCUAAAGGAAUUAUUUAUAGGGAUCUUAAAUUAGACAAUGUAUUAUUGGAUGCUGAAGGCCAUGUGAAGAUAGCUGAUUUUGGGAUGUGCAAGGAGGGAAUUCUAGCCGAGAAAACUACAAAAACUUUCUGUGGCACUCCAGACUAUAUAGCUCCAGAGAUUGUUUUAUAUCAACCUUAUGGUAAAUCAGUGGACUGGUGGGCCUAUGGUGUCUUACUGUAUGAAAUGUUGGCAGGACAGCCACCAUUUGAUGGAGAAGAUGAGGAGGAGUUGUUUACAUCAAUCACAGACCAUAAUGUGUCCUAUCCUAAAUCCAUGUCAAGAGAGGCUGUGGCUAUCUGCAAAGGGCUACUCACCAAGAAUCCUGUGAAACGGUUGGGUUGCGGCCCAACUGGGGAGAGAGAUUUCAAAGACCAUGCUUUCUUCAAGAGAAUUAUGUGGGAGAAGAUAGAAAAUCGAGAAGUUCAGCCACCAUAUAAACCCAAGAUCCAUGAUCCGAAGAAAGCGGAGAACUUUGACAAGAUGUUCACUCGCUCAGCGUUCAAGUUGACGCCUACAGAUAGUCUUGUUAUAAUGAACAUAGAUGACAGUGCCUUCGCUAACUUCUCUUACUGCAAUCCGUAUUACGAGCCACUGGCUAGCUCAUUGUCUGCCACUACAUCUGUACAACACUUGUAACUGUAUCACAUUAUCACAUUUAUCGUGCUUUUAUAUGCAGUCUUUAUUUUCUUGCGCAUGAGUAAGCAUGCCAUGUAUGACAAUGUGACGGGACGUGUAUUUUUCGUGUUAAUUUUUUUUUUUUUUUUCGGAAAGAGAAAUGAACGUUGUUUUUUUUUUCCUGGACGGUUAUGGCCUGGGAAGCUCAGGAUAAAUGUGGUGUAUCGAAGUAAGAGAAAGAAAAAUGAGUAUGUGUUGUGUAAAUAUAUUGUGUAACUUGCGAGACAGUUUUGAUUGUAAAUUUGAAGAGAUUUGAAUGCAGAACAGGGACGGUCUCUCAGGUUUUAUGAAAACUAAGACAGGACUUCUAUACAAGUUAACAGACAGGAAGUUGAAUGUUUGAGAAAAGUUACUGCAGGUAGGAAAGAAAUCUUCGGAACAAAAAGAAUCUUCAAGAUUACUACAAAGGACAUUGUUGUGCAGCUGUGCAGUUUACUUGUCCACAAGAUACUUUAUAAACAUUUUCUGUCUUUAUUUAGUCUUAUGUUACCAUCAUAGUAAACUACAACUCCAAAUUUAUUUUGUACUUUCUUUUCUUUUGAGUAAAAAAUGAUAAUGGCAUACACAUGGCUUUGAUUUUUCAUUCUUUUUAUUAUUAUUUUAUUUUUUUGUGUGAAAUUGUCAGUCUCUAUUUUGGCCAUUACUUUUUUAUUCAGGAUUUUUUACAGCCAAUAAAAGAAGCAAGACUGUUUAUGACAUUACUUUAUUUGUAUGAUUUUUGUGCCAACCUUUAAAAACCAGACAUACUUUAUAAAAAUGUUUAUAUAUUUAUUGUUUGAACUGAUUUACUAGUUGUCUUUUCAAAUUCUUUGUUAUUCUGAAAAAGUACAUGUACCGGUACGUACAUGCAUAUAGAAAUAAUCUAACUCAUUGCAAUCUCUCAGAAAUCAUAUUGGAUAAUAUUAGUUGAUCACUUGUAGAAAAAUUGGUAAUUACUGGUUACUAAUCCAGGAAAACUGGUAGGUGUACAGGGCUGCAUUUCAUAGAAAGUCCUAAGUAUUUCCUAAAUCUGAUAUAAAAAACCAACUUUAGGCCGUUUCAAUGAAAUAAAAAAUAAAUAUCUUCAGUAAAAUGCUGUAGACUAUAUAUAAAUGCAUUCUACUGAGAAAAGUUCUGAAAUAUAUUGACAGACCCUUUUUAAUAAUUCGCAAUGUGUAAAUGGCCCCAUCAGCAUUGCUCUUCAGAAAUUAAAGUGACAUUAUGCCCAUCCAAGUGUAUAAAUGAGUGAACAGGUCAAAAUAAGUUUUCAUUUUUUCCAUAAUUCGAUCUUUUAAUAAGAACAAUUAUUUCACAUUUACAAAACCAAAGGAUUUUUUCUUAAAUAUCCAUUAGAAUUUACCUGUAGCAUUCAGUUCAUAAAAAGAGUGGGGCAGUCUUUUUAUAUUUUAGGCAGAUUAUAGAUUAUAUCCAAAACAUUUUCCAUUAUGAACUGUUGGGUUUUUUUUCUUCUUUUUCUUUUUUUGUUAAUUAAGCAAACAGUUCCUGACAUGUAUAUUUUAAAUCCUAUUUUUAUACAAAUGUGUUUAUUUUGGAACACCUAAAAGUAUCAUAGACUUAAAUGGCAUUACUUACAAAAAUGCUCAUUUAAUUAUUUUUCAGAAGUGGUUGUGUUUCUUAAUUACUACUAUUAUAAUUAUAUGUUAUCCUCAUAUAUUUGUGGCAUUACUUUAAAGUUUUGUUUGUGUAUAUUUUUAUAUUUUGAUGUGAUAAAAAAAAAAGGUUUAAUCAAACAAGGAAGUAAAAAUCAAAUAUUGUAUUGAGAUAACAGCUUGAUUUAUUGUCUGUUAUAUAUUAUCUCACACUUUUUAUUUUACUUGAAAAUUAUGAAGUCAACUCUGAGAGUAAUAGCAGACAGUCAAAACUGUAUUUUUAUCUGAUUAAUUCCUAAAAAUCACAUAGUCUGAACAUAACCUUGUAUACCUCUCUAACUCAUCUUUGACCAAACACGAGCUUCAAAAUGGCUUGCUAUAUAGUCAGUCAAGCCUGCUGAUCCAUGUAGCUUUAACCAUUCUCUGUAUUCAUGCUUGCUAAUUUUAAAAGUUUUGAUAUUGAAAUCCUUAAAAAAGACAAUAGUUCCAAAUUUAAAAACAGGGUAUCAUUCAAAUUUAUUCAGAUUUUUUUUUCACUGCAGGGUUGAUAUACUAAAAAAAUUUUAACCCACCUUUUCAAUUUUUUUUGCUUUGCUUGCCAAUAUAAAAAUAUUAAAUGCUGAUUAAAUAUUUUCUAAUAAAUAGAUUUUUGUCAAUUUCAAGCAAAAUACAUUAUUUUGAUUAUUUUGUACAUAAAUGAAGCAUAUUUUUUCAAAUUUCUUUGACUUGUAUCUACACAAAUUAUAUACUGUAUAAAGCUUUUAUCAUCUUGAGAGCAAUUUGUUCAACACAUUCUUGGUUGUUGCAUACAUUUUGAUUGUUGCUUAGUGGUUUUUGCCCCUGAUAUCAAAUUUCUUGCCUCUCACUUGUUUUCUUGCCCCUCACUGGUGUAGAUUCAUACCCAAUCAGAGACUUUGACUGUGUUCAUUUGAGGAAGCUGUGAACAGCUGGCUUAUAGAAAGAUUGUGUUUUUCACAGGUGCCUGCCCUUGCCUGAAAUAACACCCAGAAUGGCACCUUAGGUCUUCCUGCACAAGUAAAGCUGGAAAGUCGCCAUACUAUAUUACUAUUUUAACAUUGCUAAUGGGAGUUAAAACCCAACAAUUACUUGAUGACCAUCUUACUUACUUUUGAUUAUUUGUCAAUUUUCCAUUUCUUUAUGUUGUUGCUAUACAAAUGUACUAUAUGUUUACUCUUUUACAAAUCAUGGACGAUUAUUUCUAUAGCUUCUAUUCAAAGACGUUCUUGGAUUGCAUUCUUGAAUCUAAUAUAAUACCUGAUGGCAUGGAUGUCAAAUUUUAUGUACGGUAUGAAAGUGUGUUCAGUAAGUAAACAUAGAUCCAAUUCACAGAGCCUGUGUUUAUCAACAAUUCAGUAUCUGAAGUUAACUGUAAAAUACCUGAAGUUAACUUUAAAUUGUCUGAAGUUUAUUUAAGAAUUUAAAUUGAAUAUUUUGUUUUAUAUGAGGAGUGAUCUUUUACAUUUUGCUAAGUCAUCAAUUUUUUAUAUUGUAAUUCAUUAGCCAAUUUCUGCCAAGUUUCUUUAUUUUUGUGUGUGAAUAUUUAGAAAGGAAUAGUAAGUAUGCUACAGUGUAAGUUAGAAUUUCAGACUGAAAAUGUUUUGGAAUACUGACCUUGAAUGCCUAAGUACACAUGUUCUUGGUGACAAAAUGACUUUCAAUCCACCAUUGCUCUACAUAUCUCACAAGUAUUUGAACAAGUUGUCUGCCAUGCCAUUCCUUUUGUAUAACUUAUCAAUUUGGUGUAGUUAUUCUUGAUCCCAAAGUUUUUUACAUGGCUAAUAUUAUAUUGUGGUGUGGUUUCUUUGUUUUCUUCCUAUUCAUCCAGUUGGCUAAUAUUUUUGUAUAAGAAAAGCUUAAUAUAGAAGUGCAUAUGAUUUUGUUUGUCUGUUUUCAAAGUAAUUUAUUAUUCAUACAUGCAUACAAUAACCAGGAAUUAUAUUUGCAUUAAGAUGUUAUAGGUAGUGCAUCAAUCUUUAAAACCUAAAUGUGUGUCCAGAGGUUUUUAUGUCUGUGUCGAGCGAGAUGUAUGUUUUCAUUGUUAAUUCUUUAUAGAUAAUAGAAUAAGAGCAUACAUAGAAUUAGACCAUAAGAUAAUGGCAUUGAUAUAAUUAAGACCAUAGUUUAGAGCAUACAUACAAAUUAAGACUAUAGGUAAGAGCAUAGUUAUAGAAUAAGACCAUAGAAUAUAUGAAGAAUAAGACCAUAGAUAAUGGCAUUGAUACAAGGAAGACCAUAGGUUAGAGCAUACAUAAAAAUUAAGACCAUAGGUAAGAGCAUAGAUAUAGUAUAAGGCCAUAAAGUAUAAGACCAUUAUAAGAUAAUGGCAUUGAUAUAAUUAAGACCAUAGUUUAGAGCAUAGAUACAGAUUAAGACCAUAGGAAAUGGUAGAAAUGCAGAUUAAGACCAUAGAUAAGAGCAUAGAUACACAAUAAGAACAUUAAAAAAUAUAGUUAAAUUGUUUUGUAGAAUGAUUACCCUUGGUUAAGCUACCAAAUCCAACUAAGAGCCUUUUGUCUGUAAGGUAUUUGGCCACUUUGGCUAAUUUAUAAAAAAAAAAAAAAACUUAAAAUUAGUUUCUUUUCAAAGCUUUGUGUUCAAGUCCCACAAAGCUUACUUACUACUUUCCUACAAGGAAGAUAUAAACAUCUUCAAAGGGAGGAUCACUCAGAGCAAUGAAAACAAAAAUGAAUACAAUGGGAGAAAGUCACAGACUAAAAUUGUCUGUUCAUGAAAGACAAAGAAAACUACAACAUUUCUCACUGUCCAUAUCACUUGCUUGAGCACCAUGUUUGUCACUAUCUUGAGUCUUCCUUUUAAAAGCUGGAAACCUGAUGUUUGACCUUAACAGAAGACAAUGUAGAUUUAAACCUAAUCAAAAAUGGAAAAUAUUAAAGUAAAUUUCUCUGAUAAGUGGUAAUGAAUUCAAAAUCAUGCAACAGUAAAUAAUGGUCCGUGAUUUUAACAAAUUUUAUGUAACAUUGAAUGGUUUAAUAGUGUUAUGUUAGUGUUAUGUUACACAAUUUGUAAAACAAAUAUUUGGGACAAGGAAAAAAAUCUUUAUAAUGUAGCAUAGCAUAGUAGGCUUUAACUCUGUGUUUCAUGGUGACCUAAUUUUUGGUUUUCAAGGUUUGUUUGGCACAUCUUAACAUGUGCCCCAUAUCUUCCUGUAUUCUUAACAUAGAUGAGAUGGCGUGUUUGAUUUCAUUUGUUUGCUUCGUUAGCAUUUCAUGUCUGCCUUCCAAAUUACACUGAUAGCAGAUUUAUUUCAUGGUUGUCUGUUUGUAAAACUGUAAAGAUUUUGCCACUCAACAUUAGUUCUUCCAUGUAAAAUGUUUUUAACUUUUAUCUCCAAUGUCUGCUUGAACAAUCUUGCCAAGGCUGCCAUAAAAUUGAUUGGUGUAAUUUCUUUCAAAAAGAAAUUUGUGUAGAUUUGUUUUUUGUAUAGUAAGUAUAAAGGGUGCAUAUGUUUGUUUGUUCUUAUACAAAUGUUACUUU